AUGGCCGAUCGAGCAACUAGACCUCUAGGUGGGGAGUCCAGCCGACAAGGAGCAGUAGGGUAUUAUACUUCUCGAGUCUUAUCACCACUUACGGAACCCUUAGCUAUUCAGCUAAAAGGACUACUAUACCCAAGACUCUUAAGCUUCUCGGAAGGACUAGACGACGAGAUGUCGGGCAUCUUAUUUGACCUAAACGAGCUAUUAUACGCAAGGCUAGACAGUGAGAUUACGGCUCGAGCGAUAGUGAACGACUUCUUGGAUGCGAACCUCAAGGAACACUUGCUGUUUAAAGGCGUGUGGUGCCCCUUAAAGCAAAGGGGCUACGCUAAUGGGAUGGAAAUAAAGGAGCAACAGGCAACACCUUUAGGCCUCGAUUCAAGGUGGACCGCCGAAAACCUUACGGACGACGAGGAUAAUACGCUUCAACUACCUCCACCACCUCCACGAAGUCCAAAAGGGAAGGAAAAGGAGGUAUCAAGGAGGGAGGGGGAGGAGAUUCGGAGGUUACGCGAGGAAUUUGCGAAGGAGAGGAGGAAUAUGGAGCAAAAUAUGGAGGUGAUGGCAAGGCAAAUGGCGGAGUUACGGACUUACGCUAUACAAUCUAACGAAGGGCUACGACGAAGCACUUCAGCGUACUCGACGCUCUUAAUUCAGCAACCGCUACGCAAUACGCCAAUCAUACAAGAGCCAAAAUCACCUCAGCGGCCCUUAAACCCUUUUCUCAAGAGCUACAACCGGGUUUUCCAAAAUCCAGGGCCGAGUAGCAACAACAACGGCCCCGAAAACAUAAUCGGGCCUAACAAUACGCAAGGCAAUAGCAGCUACACGCCAAAAGAGGACCCGCCAAAACCUGAGAGCAUUCCGGACAAAAUCAGCUCUCGCCAGGGACAGCGUGCAGAUUUCCCUGGAGCACUAGCCGGUGACCCGAAUGACCUUAGCGAUUUUGGCGAUGAUCGACGAGGAGGAAACGGGGGAGAUUGGCAAGGAGAUCGAGGACACGGAUACGGAAGGGGUAGGAACGGUCCUUUUGGACUAUUAAGGAGAUUCGGAAACGGACCCUUAAAGGACUCCGGAUCCGGAAAUAAGCCUCUUAGGGACUUUGGAAGAGGACGGACCACCGGCAAUUAUAUCGGUAACCUCGUACCGAUCCGACCACUAGCCAGGCACGGCACGCUUGCGUACGGCACUCUAAGCGCCUUUGACGAUGAUGGAGACGAUUUCCUUGAGCUAGGAGCAACGGACCCUUACUUAAGGGCAAAGGAGUUGGCCUUGUUUGCAAGAAGCUUUCUUAAGGAACUAAAUCGGUACGGCUUGAUAUCCGACGACUAUUUGGCAGCGUUCUUAAUUAUGCUUACGGAAGAGGCUAUAACCUUUUAUUACAAUUAUGUGAUCAAAGCCAGGCUUCCGACGUUCAAAACAAACGCUAUUGCUGAAAUUUCGCUAGAUUUGGUCAAGAAGGAGAAUCUAAGGACCUCGCUUAGCGAGUGCUUUAAGAAGCUCGCUAAAGAGCUUAAGGGCAUUCAGGGCUCUCUACGACCAGGUUUAAGGGAUGAUCGAAGUCUUGCUGACAAGUUGUAUUCACACGCCUUAGAGGCUGACUCCGAUUUGGACGAGGAAUACGAAUGCUUUAUUCAGGACCGCCAAUACUUCGGAAGUAAGAAAGCUGCCAAGGCUACUAAGGGUGAGAAAAGGUGUUUUGUUUGCAAAAAGCCAGGUUGCUGGAGCACCAACUAUACCCUCGACGAAAGGAAGGCAUCCGUCGCCAAGUUCUAA